CGAAUCACAAAAACCACUGUCAUUUUCUAACUUAUCCAUUCACCACCAAACAUGUAUGUUACAAGGCGUUUGUCGGAAUACCAAAGAAACAGAUCGGAGUUGCCGGAAAGUCCAAACUCCGGCGUACUUAUAAUUCAAGAUGAAGAGUCAAAACCAACUUGUUGCUUCGGAUCUUGCUACGAAGCUGGACUCAAAGGCUUACCGUUUCCACAAAACGCAAAGCUGACUGUGAAUUACAGCAUCACUGUUGAUAACGUGACCACUGCUUAUCGUGAUCCUGUCGUUUUUAUUCCGGUUCUUGAUCAGCCCUUAUCUUCAAACCGUUACUACGCGAUUAAACGAAGCGGGAAACACUCAGGAGAAGCUUCGGCUAAUGCGAAAGAGGAAGACAGAGUCCCCUGCUGUUUUUGUUUCAGCUAUGUUCCUGAAGCUAAGCCACAACAACCAGAUCCUUAUGAUAUAUACCAACAAUUUGAGAUCCAUCAACCGAAAUCGCUGUCGAGAAAUUACUUUGCGACAUCCGUUGCUCCUGAUGGGGUACCACCGGAGUUUCUUAAGAGAAAGUAUUGGACUGUUGAGUACUCGACAUCAGAAGACUUUGGUCUAAGAGAUGAUGCAAAAGGUAUUUACAAUGAGAUUCGUUCUGAGCUUCCUAAUGAUGUGAAUACAAGUGUUGUGGUAGGGAAAUGGUAUGUUCCUUUCAUAUUUGUGAAGGAAGGAGAUGCAAAGAAUCAGCUUAAGAGCUCAACUUAUUAUAGCAUGAUUCUUAUCCAAAGAUGGGAAGAGGUUUACUCUUGUGAAAACGCUUACAACGAGAAUCGCGAGGUUGUAGUUGAUAUUGAAGUGGAAACAGAAGUUGUGAAGCUUGAAGGACAAGAGAUUGGGAAAAAGACAAAAAGUGUGGAUGAAAAUGGGGUUGCUUGGUUUGAGAUUGCAGACAAGAGGAUGGGUUUGAGAACUGUGGUGACUGAGAGGAUGAAAUGGGAAGAGGAGAGAUUCGGGUGGAAAAGCGAACCGCGGAGAGCAGUGGUUAAGAGAUCUGAGAGAUUUGAUGGAGGUGGUUCGAAUUGGAAGAAUUAUAGAUGUUAUGUGUUUGUGGAGAGCUUUGAGUUGAGGAGAAAGGAUGAGAGUUUAGUGUUGGCAUUUGAGUUUAAACAUGUUGAUAAGUUGAGAACCAAGUGGGAAUCAUGAGAGGGUCUUAUGUUUAAGUAUGUGUGUUGGUAAUGUUUUUCUUCAGUUGUUAAGAUAAGCUAAUAAAAAUUUGGAGUUUCU